UCAAAAAUCAGCACCGCCCCUCUUUCUCUUUCUCAUCUGGCCUUUUCGUCUUCCUCGUCCCCCUCGAGACGUUCUGGGAGGGGGAGUGUCUCGGCCAUCCCCCGUGCGGUGUUCUGCGGGUGCCGCCGACUAGCUUCCGGCGGUUCACACAUUAGGCGGCGGAGAAAAAUAUGGAGGUGGAUGAUGAAUCUGGUGGGGCUGCCCAGUCAAGUGAUUCAAGAAAUGCUUCUCAUCAAAUCCCAAAGAAAAAUAUGGUGGUGGAUGAUGAAUCUGGUGGGGCUGCCCAGUCAAGUGAUUCAAGAAAUGCUUCUCAUCAAAUCCCAAAGGAUAUGAAUCAUGCUACACAUGUUGCUGAUGGAGCUACCAGUUACUCUAUUCAUUCCAAGGUCAAGGAUUGCUCGAAAUUCAAUACUCAGUUUUCUUUGCAAAAGAUGAGCAAACUGCUAAGCAAGUUAACCGACCCGCAGAAGGAUAUUGUCAGGAAAUGUGGUUUCGGAUCAAUCCUCAGGUUGAAGUGUACAUCUCUGCCAAACUCACUGAUCCUGCAACUUGCAAAAUUGUUUGACCCAAAGACAAAACUUAUAAAAGGCCCAGAUGGUGGAUCAUUCAACAUCGAUGCAAUUACUGUACACCAGAUAUUGGGCAUCCCUUAUGGUGGUAAUAAAGUCCCUACAAAAGCCAGCAGCAGAGCCAAAGCAGUAAUGAUGAAUGAUACAAAUCAAACCGUACAAGCAGCAAAGAUUGAAGAUCUCACAGCAAUGAUUCAACCAGGGCUAGUUGGUGAUAAGUUUGCCAGGAUAUUUUUCCUCAUUCUUUUUGGAAUAUUCCUCUGCCCUUCAAGUAAUUUCAGAGUCAGCCACCACUAUUAUGAAGGUCUCCACAUUGUCAAGGAUAUUAGAUCCUAUGACUGGUGCACCAUUGUUGCAGAUGCUCUCAAUUCUGGAUUGAUUCAUUUUCAUUCAAAUGCUUCUAAAGGAAACACAAGUGGGAAGGCAACAUUGGGCGGUUGCUUGUUAGCUUUAGUUGUUGCAUACUAUGAAUACAUUGAUGUUGGCAGCAAUCUUGUUGAUCCUAUUAUCCCACGCAUUUCAGUAUGGGAGGAUAAUGUGCUUUCAAAGUGUCGUAAAGCCGAGUUAAGCAUUAAACAUAUACAGAUAAAGCCAAUUGGUUCCACUCUUUUCUGCAAUGAGCAUAUCAAUCCUUCAACUUUUCGCGGGUUUUAUGUAAAUGAUGAUAGCAGCAGUGCUCCCCCGCCUCCUGUUGAUAAUGUUGUUGGUGAAAACCAGCCACAGCUCAAGCCUUUAUCAGAACAGAGGACACCUGCACAAAAAAUAGUUGAUGUGGGCAGGGAGUCUUGUACUCAAACAAAUGUUGAUUUUGAAUCUGCUCGGAAGGUUAUGCCAGGAGCAUCUGACUUGUCUCUCCGCAUCUUUUGUGGUGAGAUAAUUCAUCCUGAUGUCCAGAAGUUCAUCAAAUCUACCACACCUGAAGGUGUCAACCAAGAGACAGUACAAAAACUAAAUGAGAUGUGCACAAGCUUUUUCAAAGAUUCUGUACAACAGUAUGUGAAAUCAAUAGAGCCAGUUGUUGUUAACCAGUGUUAUGACAUGGUCAAUUCAUUUUGGAGUGGUUUACAACAGGCCACUACUGUCAAUUCAAUAACCAGACCCAGCAUGACAGUGACUUCAAACCAGCAUGACAGUUUGUCUGCUAAUCUUAGACAAAAUCAGUUUCAGGAUGAAGCAUUCACAUCAAAUUAUUUUGAGGUCAAUAGGGAUCAGAAUACCACCAAUGGAUCAUGUUGCACACUUUGUGGUAUUCAGUUCGCAGAGGGCCAGGAUCAUGUCUGUUCAUCUCUUGGUCAAAUUUCGGGGCAGCAAUCUAAUGUUGAAAAAUGUUUAGCCUGUGGGGUUCACAUGACAGAGGGAGGUAACCAUAGAUGUGUAACAAACAGUGAUACUAUGCAGCUCAUUCAAAAGUCUACCCAAUGCAUCAAAUGUUAUUUAGAUGUUCUACCAAAUUGUGAGCACAGCUGCUGCAUACUUGAUGAACCUACUAUGAACAUUAACUCUGGCCCCCAGGCAAAGACACAACAAAUUCAUGAUUCACCGAAGUCUUCACCAUGUCAUUCUGAGGCCAAAGUGCCGGACAGCCACAAUAUGAAUACGACACCUACCAGUGAUACCUUCAUUUUGACGCCCUCUCCAGCUUCUAAGAUCAUUGCUGACAUUGUUGCUGAAAUUAGCCCCACUGAUGAUGCAACCAUCACCGCCCAUGAUAGCAUGGAUACGUUAUUGGUUGGAACAAACAAAGACCGAAGUGUGUCUUGCAAUCCAUCAAAUAUCAACCUAGAGGAUAAGGAAGAGGCUGAUGGUUCAAAUUCAGAAGAUGGUCAACUCAAGAAACAAGAUCACUGUAGAAAUGCUUUGGCAGAGCAAUCCAAAGAGCCCAAUGUGACCUAUAAACUCUCAGAUUUAGCAUCUGGCCGGGAUAAUGCAUUGCCUAGCUCAUUAACCGCCAGUCUCCUUGAACCGGUAUUAUCAGCCUUGCAGAAAACAAAAAGGAGCAUCACCCUGCAUGAUGAUAUCUCUCAACCCCACAAUGUCUCUCCACAAAAGAAGUUGAAGGCAUCAUCAUCUACUGAUGGAAAUUCGCUCCCUUCAUCACAUUCUGUAAACUCUAUUUCAACCAAAUCACCAUCAGCUAGCCCCCAGAACAGUCCCCCCAAUGGAGGCGACAGCCAAUCUUGUAGCGCCAACAUCCUUACUUCUGCUACAUCUCCAAAUGUCACACCAACACUGGAUGAUACUGUCAUUGUUUUGGAAAAAAAUCUCUCAGAUCUCGGCCACAAGAAGCGUGCUUUGAAAGCGCCACAACCACUCUUUGAAGGCCAAAAAACACGUGCACCAAAAGUUUUGCUAUCAGAGCUUGAGAAGGAUAUUUAUUAUGCAGCAACAAAGAGGUGGAAAUCUGGUGAUCCCAACCCCAUUUGUGUUGAUAUUGGACGCAUGUCAAUUAAGCUUCUCGAAUUCGGUGAAACAAUGAGGCCAAAGAGUUGGGUUGGGACAUUUGCUAUGAAUAUAUACUGCGAGGCACUUGGAUAUGACCAGUCCAAAGAACAUAGUCCAAAGAUAAAGAAAGGUUUUCUGACAUCAGCGGAAGUAGACUACAUGAAAGUGAAGGAUCUAGGUAUAGAUUUGCUGUCAAAGAAGCUUGCUUCUAGCUCCAUCAAAUUCGAGCUAAAUAAAGUUGAUAUGGUUAUGAUACCCAUACUCCACGGCGUCCAUUGGUGGUUAGUUGUUGCUAACCUUAGGGACAACAGGUUUGAUGUACUAAGUUCAUGGAAAAUAAAAGAUGAGGAAAAGCAAGUGACAGAAAUAGUGAGGGCAAACUUUUUAAGAGCAUUCCAAGCCAUCAAUGAUGGAGCAGCAGCAACAAAAGUGUCUAAUCUUGAAUUAGCAUAUCAAGAUGCGCCCCAACAAACAACCACAUACGAUUGUGGUAUAUUUGUGAUGAACUUUCUGUCAACAUGGGAUGGAAGAAGGGUAGCCCCAAUGAAUAACGAUGAGAUAUAUAAUCACAGAGUAAAGGCAGCUGUAUACAUGUUGUGUCAUGCUGGUAACAAAAGUAUACUCCCAAGCAUCAAGAAAAUCAUGCAAAAACAUGAAGGUGCAAGUAAAAAGAAGAAGAAGCCCCAACCCAAGAGCAAAGCAUAGUAGGAAAACACUAGUUCAUGUGAUACUCUUUUCCCCGUGGAGAACAAGCAUCAUGUUCAGAUGUCUUUUCAAACUUUUUUUUAGCACCGUGGCAAAAUAACACCCUGUGCCCCCCCCACUUUUUCCCAUCACGGUGAUAUCGGAGCAGGAAAACUCAUGUAAAAUUGUUGAUGUGGUUUUUGGAUUUACCUUUUUUCUAUUCUCCUUC